UCUCUCCUAUCCUGGACCACCACUCUCUCCUAUCCUGGACCACCACUCUCUCCUAUCCUGGACCACCACUCUCUCCUAUCCUGGACCACCACUCCUGACCUGGGCCACCACUUUCUCCUGACCUGGACCACCACUCCUGACCUGGGCCACCACUCUCUCCGGACCUGGACCACCACUCCUGACCUGGACCACCACUCCUGACCUGUACCACCACUCUUUCCUGACCUGGACCACCACUCUCUCCUGAUCUGGGCCACCACUCUCUCCUGUCCUGGGCCAUCAUCUCCACAUCUACCCCACAGUCCUUCACAUCCCUUGUCCACCUCUUACAACCACCUUUUCCUCCCAGGCCCACCCCUUGAUCUCAUCCCCGGUCCCCCUCCACAUCACGGCAGUCAUAUGUAUGUGCGUUUGUCUGUAUGUUGAACGUCUUUCGCACCGUACAUAGCCAACCAUGCAUAUCGGAGGUGCGGGCGAAGGACAGCAAACCAAACAAUGUAUAUUUUUACACAUUUACUGGGCAUUUUCACGUGUUCGUCACUUACAGGGAAGGGUGCGGCAGGUUUCUGAAAUCCCCCCUGCCCCACCACCUCAGUCCACCCAGCAGAACGCAUUGGGCACAUCCGCCGUAAGUCGAUGGUCAGGCGGCGUGCGGCGAAGUAUCUGUCGGGUGCUUCCAACACAUUCGGAAGAGGUUUGGCUAUGUACGGUGCAAAAGAAGUUCCAAAUACGUACUUGCCCGCACCUCCGAUUAGCACGGUUUGGUUAUGUACGGUGCGAAAGCAGUUCAAAAGACAUGCACACAAAUCCUUUUUACAUCAUUGAUGCCGCGAUUCCAAUGUUCGGUGCACGAAUCUUCCCAGAGGAAUGGACGCCCUCGUCCGUAUCGGGCAGCGGUGGCGGCGGUGGCGGCGGUGGUGGCCGUGGCAUCCGUGGCAGCGGUGGGGUAGACCGGUCAGAUGAGACGACGGAGCUUCAGGAAUUGACGCCGCUCAAGAAGGAUGAGGGGGGGGAGGGGAGCGUCGCCAACGAGUGGGGUUCCGACGAUGGCCGCUCUGUGGACGAAGGCGAGAAACCCCCUGCAGAGGAGCGGGCAGGCGAGGAGGAGGCGGAGGAGGAGGAUUCCUCGCUCUCCAAGAAGCUUCUCGUCAAGGAGUUUGUUUUGAUGAAGAAGGCGCAGAUGCUCGCCGACAUGGUGCAGGACGACCAUAGGAAGAAGCACCAGAUGCAGAGGAGCUUGAAGAUCUCCAGGGAGGACUAUAAGGAUGUGGACCACAGCAAGAUGAGCAUGAGGCAGCUCCUGUACUGGAUUCCUAGCAACAACCCAAUGCUGUCGACUCUGAAGGAGGAAAAGGAGAAAGUUGUCGCUAAAGAGCGGGAAAACCACCUCUCGGACAGAGCGGUGGCGGUGCCGCCGCGGCCGGAAUGUCCGGUGACCGAGGCCGACGGCGUUGACGAUGAUGACGAUGAUGGUGACGAUGGCGACGAGGGUCUGAUGGUGCCCAGGGUGCGUGUGGGCGAGGAUGGCACGCUCAUCCUGGACAAUGAGAGCCUCACGGUGCGUGUGAGGCGUCCCGGCGAGGACGACGCCGGGGUGGCGGCGGCGCUCGCCGUGGAGGCGCUGCGCGAGGACGGCUCCUCCGCCCGCUACAGCAACUUCUCCAAGCACGUCGCCACGCGGAGAUGGAGCGACAUGGAGACUGAGCUGUAUUUCCUGGCCAUCAGCAUGGUGGGGACCGACAUGUCGAUGGUGUCGCACCUCUUCCCCACGCGCAGCAGGCACGAGCUGAAGAAUAAAUUCAAAAGGGAAUCGCGUAUCCACCCGUGGAGGAUAGACAAGGCCUGCAUGGAGAAGAAGCCGAUGGACAUGGAGGGCUUCGCCAAGCUGCUGGCCGACGAAGAGGAAGAGCGGAAAAAGAAGAAGGCUAAAAAAAAAACUCGCAAGAGGCGUGCAAAACCGUCGGAUGACGACGACGAGGAGGAGGAGGAGGAGGGUGGCUUGAGCGGCGUCGAGCACGACGACGGCGGCGGCGAGGACCCAGCGUGCGACGAGGGCAGCCGGACGAAGACGAAGAGGCAGAGGCGGAGUGGCGCGAGGGAGGAGAGCGACGGAGGCCCACGGGAGGUAACGGCGGAGGAAGUUGGCAGCGCCGCUCCGUCCGGAACGCCGGCGGCGAAGAGGAAGAGGAGGAGGAGGAGGGCGAGGAAGAUGAGCAAACGGAAGGAUGGCGGCGGAGACGACUCUGGACGGGCGGCGAGCGGCGAUGGCGUGGAUGGGCCGCUUGCUCCGGAGGGCGGCUCCGUCGGCACGGGGGGCGGUGAUGACGAUGCCGCCUCCUCGGAAACGGUUCCUGGCAGGGGCUGCGAGGUUCGUGCGGGGGUCGCCGAGAAGAAGACGAGGAAGAGGCGGCGGAGACGGAACAACGAGGAGGAGGAGGAGGAGCAGAAGGAGACGGAUGGGAAGGCGGCGCAGGAAAAGAAAAAAGUCACGAAAUCGAAGAAGAUGAAAGUCAAAAACGAUCACGGCCACCGUGAUGGAGACGGCCAGGAGGAGCCUGCCCCGGACUUCACUUGGUACGACCCGUCGGCUCCCGAUUGCAAUGGGACGGACCGUACCAAUGCAGCCGAGAAAGAGAAUGGAGACCCUGGAGCAGCGGGGCAGCCGAGCACGGAUCCAGGAGCUGAGGUGGCAGAACCCCUGUCUGUGGGGACCGCGGUCGGGCCGAGGAGGGGUGGACGGGGAGCCCGCGGAGGGAGGCGAAGCCGAGGGAGAGGAGGGAGAGGAGGGAGAGGAGGAGGGAAGGGGAAGGAUGUGGCGAGAAUUGUGACGGAGGCAGUACCCAGGGAGAGCUGCUCAACCCCAGAUGCGGCGGUGGCAGUGGCGGCGGCUGCGGCUGGCGAUGACCACGACGCCGAAGCGGAGGUUUUGUCGGGAGAGCACCGAGGCGGUGAGCGCGACGGGGUGGACGCGCAGAUCGCGGGAACUUCGCCUGCCGGUUCAUCCGCCGGGGAUGCCGGGCGGGGCGCCGGCGGUAGCCCACGAGGCGACGACUCCGUCGCCGGCGAUUCGGAGCACGUCCGCCCGGGAGGAGGACGUGGGGAACCCUGGGAGAACCCGCCGCCGUCGCGGGUACGUCUGUGUAUACAUUGGACUUCUUUCGCGCCGUACGUGGCCAACCGUGUUAACCGGAGGUGUGGGGUUUACAGGCGAGCGUUGCAGAAGCCCGAGGCGACAGAACUCCCAUGGAGAGCGCCACCCACGGCACGCGGAUUCCUCCCGAGGCACUCGCCGACGCUCCGGUCUUGGCGACGAGCGGCGGUGGCGUCGCCGAUGCGUCGGCGCGGCUGCGGAGGCCGCAGAGGAGGCCGAAGCCGAGCGUCGGGCCGUCGUUGCGGCGCGCAGCCAUUCGAUGCGGGGGGCGGACGGGAGGAGGAUCGCCGGCGGCCGACGACGGUGGAGCGGGGGCCGCGUCCGUUGGGUCUGCACGGUCGGAGGCUCGCGAGGAGGAGGACAAGCCGGGGAAGGAGGAAGGGGAGGAGGAGGAGGAGGAGGGCGGGAAGCGCCCUACAAACGCACGCACGCCUGAGAAGGACGUCGCCGCUCGCCGGAUUGCCGUGAC